UGACGAACACGUGGCUCAACGUUCAGACUCUUAGAAGUCUCUCUUUCUACACUUUCAAAAGCUCCCUCCUUUUUAACUUCACUCCCUUUCUCUCUCUAAAAAAACCCCUCUCAUAGGUUUUUGAUCUCUCAAAGAAGAUUCAGCUAAAAGAUUUGAUGGUAUUCUGACGAGAGAUACCUAGAAAGAGGGCAAAAGAAACUCUACAAGCAACCAUGGACCAAUCAGAACAAACUCAACAGCAACAGUCCCAGCAACAGCAGCAACCAGUAAUGGGAGUAGCAGCUAGUGCAGGUCAGGUGGCCUAUGCCUCUACUCCCUACCAAACUGCUCCAAUGGUGGCUUCUGGGACUCCUUCCAUAGCCAUUCCCUCCCAAACUCAGCCUCCAGCCACCUUCUCUAAUUCACCCCACCAGCUUACCUACCAGCAAGCCCAACAUUUCCACCACCAACAGCAGCAACAGCAGCUUCAGAUGUUCUGGACUAACCAAAUGCAAGAAAUUGAACAAACAACUGACUUCAAGAACCAUAGCCUUCCACUUGCUCGGAUUAAGAAGAUAAUGAAAGCUGAUGAAGAUGUACGAAUGAUUUCAGCAGAGGCUCCUGUUAUUUUUGCCAAAGCAUGUGAAAUGUUCAUCUUGGAGCUCACUCUGCGCUCUUGGAUCCACACAGAAGAGAACAAAAGGAGGACACUACAAAAGAAUGAUAUUGCAGCUGCAAUUUCCAGGACCGAUGUUUUUGAUUUCUUGGUUGAUAUUAUUCCAAGAGAUGAGUUGAAAGAGGAGGGUCUUGGGGUCACUAAAUCAACUAUUCCUGUUGUUGGCUCUCCAGCUGAUCUUCCAUACUAUUAUGUUCCUCAACAUCCUGUGGGACCUCCAGGGAUGAUCAUGGGAAAUCCAGUUGAUCAAGCAGCUACCUAUGGAGCCCAGCAGCCACGACCUCCAAUGGCAUUCAUGCCAUGGCCACAACCUCAACCACAACAACCUCAACAACGGCAAAGCGACACCUGAUCAGAACAUCCAGGAAAUGUGGCAGGAGUGUAGCUGCUGUCUGAUUGUCAAGUAGUGUCUUGAAUCUUUAGUGAAGGGAUUAAGCUCAGCACCAGUCGUCUUUGUGAAACCAAAACUGAGUUGUUUAUGAUAAUCAACAUGUGAUCGUUUAUAUGCGCUUGUUUGCACUCUUGAAAAAUCCUGAUGAUUUUAUGGAUCUUAGCAUCUUUGGUGGUUUAUGCUUAAAGAGAAGGAUGUUGAUAAAA